AUGGAACAUCAAAAGGAACAUUUUCGUCAUAUUUUACUUUUUUAUUUCCGCAAAGGGAAAAACGCAUCGCAAGCUCACAAAAAGUUAUGUGCUGUUUAUGGUGACGAAGCCUUCAAAAGAACGGCACUCAAAGAUGAAGAAUGCUCUGGUCGUCCAGCUGAAGUUGAUGACGACCUUAUCAAAGCAAUAAUCGAUUCGGAUCGUCACAGUACAACACGUGAGAUCGCAGAGAAGCUCCAUGUAUCACAUACAUGCAUUGAAAAUCACUUAAAACAGCUUGGCUAUGUUCAAAAACUUGAUACAUGGUUCCUCAUGAACUGA